GUUGCCACACGUGGAAGUGAAAUGACUCCAGCAGAACACUGGUUGCAACGGAUUCCACCUAUUGUGAGAGCGUGACAACCGCCUAGAAAAAGAACUAUAUAUUUCUGCCUACCUCAGAUGGGACAUCACCUCUUGCUGUGUGCACUGGAAUAAAAGACAAAGUAAACAGUUUUUUUCCAUCAUGGAUUGUCAAGAAAAUGAGUACCGGGACCAAUGGGGGCACUGUGUCACCUGCCAACAAUGUGGCCCUGGACAGGAGCUGUCUAAGGAUUGUGGUUAUGGAGAAGGUGGAGAUGCACACUGCAUAGCCUGCCCUCCCCGAAAGUAUAAAAGCACUUGGGGACAUCACAGAUGUCAGACAUGCAUCACUUGUGCUGUCAUCAAUAGGGUCCAGAAGGCCAACUGCACAAAUACCUCUAAUGCUAUCUGUGGAGACUGUCUGCCCAGGUUCUACCGAAAGACACGCAUUGGAGGCCUGCAGGACCAAGAAUGCAUCCCAUGUACAAAGCAGACUCCUUCUUCUGAGGUUCAGUGUACCUUCCAGUUGAGCUUAGUGAAGGUAGAUGCACACACUGUUCCCCCUAAGGAAGCCACACUUGUUGCACUGGUGGGGAGUCUGCUAGUGGUAUUUGCCCUGGCCUUCCUUGGACUCUUCUUCCUCUAUUGUAAGCAGAUCUUCAGCAGACAUUGUCAGUGUAUUGCAGGAGGUUCAUUGCAAUAUGAGGCUGAAAAGGCCGUGGAAGAGGAUUCUCUUUUCCCCAUGCCACCUGGCCAAGAGACCAGUCCUGAAUUUCCAGCGAAUGAGAACAUCUUUGAGAUCAAGCCACUUAACUCCAUCCUAGAUGAUGACUGCAGCUCCACUCGCGGCUUCCCCACUCAGGAGUCCUUUACCAUGGCUUCCUGCGCCUCAGAGAGCCAUUCUCAAUGGGUCCAUACCCCCAUUGAAUGUACAGAGCUGGACCUGCAAAAGUUUUCCAGCUCUGUCCCCUCUACUGGAGCUGAAACCUUGAGAGAGAACACAGCCGAAUACUCAGGAGACAGGCUGGAGCUCUAUGUACCUUUUGAAGUUCCAAGCCUUUAACUACCAUGGUGAGCUAGAAAGGUCUCUUUCACUCUUGGCAACCUUGCCAGUGCUUGUUGCUGGACUUUCCUGCUCUUUUAUUCAACAACAGUAGCAGGAGCCUGGGAUGUAUGUCCCACAAUAACCAGCAUUCAAAAAUGGAGCAUACAGAGCCACAUGCUGCCGGAGGAUUAAUUCCCCAAUGACUGACCUUGAACACUUUUUGUUUUCUUAUUCCAGUCUGGGGAUCCAGAUUCCAUAGCCAUGGGACUGCUGUGCCUGUUCUUUCUCUUUAAUUAUAGAAGUAAGGGGAAUAACAAUGAAUGAGGUAGAAUUUGCCUGCCUGUAUAUGUUUCCUGCCUAUAUUUUUGACAAGUAGGCCUAAAAAAAGGAGUAUACAGAACUAUGUUGACAUCUGCCUAUCACUUUGAAGAGAAUAUGAAAUGCGUCCCCUUUUAGCUUUCUGCUUUGACUCCCCCCGCCCAACCCCUACACACACACACACACACACAAACACAUACACAGAGUAAGGGGAUAUUGAGGAAGAUAUGGGGAGGCCUGAAGCCUGAAUUUUACAAUUCAUUUCCUAGACUUCCAUAGCUAUGAUAGCUAUCAAGCCAGUGUAUUUCUUAGACUCUUCAUUCUCAGAGACAGGCUACCAGUACUCUCUGGUGGGGAUUCAAAUCUAUGUCUUCUAUAUUUUUUUUUAAAUUCUUGCUUCCUAGACGUCUUUUCAUUUUUAUUACUCUAAUAUUCUUUUACCUUUUAACCCUUCCAGUCAGGUCCUGACUAUCAAGUUUCUGAGGUGCAGGAGUAGUGCCCUGUAGAGCUACGGGGACCAUUGGUGCUUUCUUGGCAUAGAGAAUAGUCAGUCUAUUUCUCUUAAGCCUGAACCUCCAGUUUUACAUGCUUCUCAGCAUGAAUUGAAAUGUUUUUCCUCAUAUUUUUUUUUUUUUUUGUGGAAUAUGUCAGAUGAGACCUCAGGACUUAGAUGUGACUAUCAUGUAUUGGCUUUAGGUAUCCUUGUAUGUACAAAAUGAGCCACAAGGAUUGAUGCCUAUUCCCUCACAGUGGUUCAGGUUUCAAUGAAGAAAAGCAGUCAAAUGAGUAAAGCAACUGAACCUUUUUGCUUGGGAAUAAUAUAUACUAUCCUGGAUGCUGGUGUGACUUAGCAUAUUAGAAACAAACUAAAGAUACACACAAUUAUUCUGGUUCAAAGAUGUAGUAAAGAUGCACUAAACCUGUGGGUGCUGCACUUUACAUUAUUCACAUUAUAGUUGUCUCCGUGACUCAUACAAACUUUGAUAUAGGCAGUGCAGGGAUUGCUCAGUGCAAUAGGAGUGCAUAGAAAGGCUAGAAUGCUUUCAGUCAUAUCUCUUCAUUUGACACUUACUGCUGACUCUUAAAAGGUAGACACACAGGGCAUGGCUGCAUACAAACAUCCUCCAAUAUCAAGCUGGCAGAAGCAAGAGUAAUAGACUUUGGAAGCAAGCUUGCCUUGCAUUGUAAGACUCUUUCUCAAAAAUACAAGGGAUGGCAACUUAGAUAGUGUUGAAGCACUUGCAUUUAGCAUGAACAGGGUCUCAUAUUCCAUCCUAGCAUUGUAGAAGAAAGAGAAGGGUGGAGAAAGGGGAAAAGAAGGGAAGUAAAAAAGGAAAUAAAACAUUUCCAACACUAAAAAAUGUACCAGAUCCCAUAGUGCUGCUGAGGCUGUAGUGGAAUUUUCAACUGGAAACUAUCACAUGAGUUCAUCUUAUAUUAGAAGGUUUUCUUGCCUUUAGCUCUUAAACACUGUUUAUGAUAUUUUUCUGCUUGUUUCUUGGGUCCCUAGACUCAUAGCACUCUGUGAGUCUGCUGGAAGGUCUGAUGGAUGUUCAACGAGCAAUGGUUCCGAGUUGUAGCAUAACACAUAAAAAAAAUUUGACAUGGGUCUCCCGGGCCUUAUCUAAUAUUUGAGGUUCUAUAUUUCUUUACCCCCAGCAGAAAGCCAGGCUUCAGUUUGAUCUUUCAGAACCCUAAAGUACAUUUCUGAGUCAAUUUUCCCUUUCCUGUGCCUGGGCUCCUCAAGCAACCACCCACCAGGCCUCCAAAGAUACACACAGCAUUUUUCAAGUUUGCUAAGUGAGAGUGUGAAGGGUCCCCCAAGGUAUGGGUAUUUCUUUUGACAUAUCAGUUCCAUAAUGCCUGCUUUACUGUCCAUUUGGUUCUUUUUCAAAAUUCAUUUUGCCUUCAGUUCUUACCUGUACAUCUCAAGAGCAGAGAGAAAUGAGAAUUUCCUUGGAGAUUCUGUUAUUCUUUUUUAUCUUUGAAUCUUUAUGAAGCUUAUGCAGCUAGUUUCUAUCCUACAAGCAAUUGAUGGGUUAUGUAAAAUGUGGACUUCAUCACCAGGACUUAGCUUUAACAGAGAAUGUUCUCUACAAGAUUCUGUUAAGUGUAUCUUUAAAAACAGCUCAUCCAUAAACACUAAUUAAGGGCCUUAAGGUCAAACUGCUGAUAAGUGUGUUAAAAGCACAAGAGAGAAAAUGUUAAAAGAUCCUAUUGUACUUGGCAGGGGAUUAGAAGCAAUUGAAUCACAAGUCUGUACCAGGCAACCUUGUCUCAUGGAAGCAUUAGCAAAUAUGUGUGAGCCAAGGUUUAGACCUUGGUCUUUGGGCUCUCUGUACUUUUUUCUGGGACAGUUUAUGCUUAUCUCACCAACUUCAAUUAGUCAUAUCUAUACUUCUGGUGGAGAAGAACUAGCACCCGAUCUGAGGUGGAUUCAGCUUAAGUAGGUUCCAGCUGUAGAAAGGUCACCAUGUGCCUGGCACUGCUUCAAUCUCAAGGACUUCUCAGUGAAAAGGCCUAUGACGAUAAAGCAGCAAAAACAAUGUGAUUAAAUGACCCAGGCACCUGGCUUCACUGUGCCUAUACAUAGCAAGGUCAUUAUACAUUCAUACCAAGAAUCACCUUGGUUCCAGUUUUCUUGAAUUGAACAGUUGGAAUUGGUAAUUAAAAUAAGGUGAAGUUUUGUUUUGCUUUGCUUUCUAUGGUAUCAUGGGUAGAAGCAAAGUGAAGGUUGGCUUUCUUUUUUCUUUAUAAUUGAUAUUUAGCCUUGGCUUACUUCAUAUUUGCAUAUUUGCUCAAGUAGUGUCCUUAUAAAGUGGGACCACUUUGAGUACUCUUCUAUUUGAAGAAUUCAUGAGAAAUGUAUAUAACAUAACUCUGAGCUUGGACAGUAGUUGUGUUUUACAUAUUUGAACUAGCAACAGAAAAUAUUUUGUUUACAAGGGAGAGGUAGGUGUUUAGUGGAGGUGAGUCAGGGUUCAGGGUUCACUUUUCCCUCCACUUAAAAAUGUCACUGGAAUUUCGAAAGGUGGUAUGUAGUAUGGGACAUGAACUUUCUUCUCUAAGGUGGUUAAUAUUAGAUUAAGUAAAAAUGUCAACACUACACCACUCUUCCUAAUAGUCCUGGCACACUGAGAUGUCACCCUCAUACCCCUCAUUCAAUUUAUUACCAAGGUCUUUGAUGUUUUGUGUUUAAUGUAGGUAGGUUUUAAUUAUUGUUUUCCUUCAAAUGAGCUAUUUAUAGAGAUUUUGUUAAAUUUUGAGCCAUAUGCAUGAGUGGAUACUGACAAGUUGUGUUUGGUUUAUGAUAAUCUGCAAACAAUUCAUAUUAAUCAAUAAACAGAAGUACAUCC